AUGGCAACGCGCUGCGGGGCUGGGGCGGUAAUGGCGGUUUGGUCGGUUUUACCCGCCCGGGCUGUGGCUGCGUUCCUCCUGUUGGUCCUCGCUCGCGUUUCACAGGCUCAGACCUUCUCACUCCCUUUCCAGCAGCCGGAGACGUGCGGCCACAACCAGUACUUUGAUAUAUCGGCGCUCUCCUGUGUCCCGUGUGGAGCCAACCAGAGGCAGGAUGCCCGAGGAACUUCAUGUGUGUGUCUACCAGGAUUUCAGAUGAUCUCUAGUAAUGGAGGGCCUGCCAUUAUUUGUAAAAAGUGCCCAGAAAAUAUGAAAGGUGUUACUGAAGAUGGCUGGAACUGCAUUUCUUGCCCUAGUGGCUUAACUGCAGAGGGAAAAUGCCACUGUCCCACUGGCCAUAUUUUAGUGGAAAGAGAUGUUAAUGGAACAUUGUUGUCUGAAGCAACCUGUGAGCUCUGUGAUGAAAAUGAAAACUCUUUUACAGUAGCAAAUGCUUUAGGAAACAGGUGUGUCCGAUGUGAACCAACAUUCGUUAAUACCAGCAGGUCCUGUGCAUGUUCAGAACCUAACAUUUUAACAGGGGGAUUAUGUUUCAACAGCACAAGGAAUUUUCCUCCACAUAUAAUUUCAACUGUACGUUACGGAGAGCUUGGCAUGUCUUUAACUUCAGAAUGGUUUGCAAAGUAUUUGCAUUCAGCAGCAACUGCAUGUUGGGUGUAUGCCAAUCUAACAUCUUGCCAAGCUCUUGGAAAUAUGUGUGUGAUGAACAUGAAUUCUUAUGACUCUGCCACACUUGAUGCAUGUCGGCUAUUUCAGCUUGUCUUCAAAAAUACUGCUGGACUGAGCACUGUUCAUUCUAUUUCAUUUUGGAGACAGAAUCUUCCGUGGCUGUUUUAUGGAGAUCAGCUAGGAUUAGCACCUCAAGUACUCAGUACUACAGCACUUCCUACAAAUUUCAGUUUUAAAGAGCAAAACCAGAAUACAAAACUGAAGUUUGUUGCUGCUUCCUAUGAUAUAAGAGGAAAUUUUCUCAAGUGGCAAACUUUAGAAGGAGGUGUUUUGCAGCUUUGUCCAGACACAGACAUAAGACUAAAUGCUGCUUAUUCUUUUGGAACGACCUACCAACAAAAUUGUGAAAUUCCUAUCUCCAAGAUCUUAACUGACUUUCCCUCUCCUAUAUUUUAUGAUGUAUACCUUGAAUAUACUGAUGAAAAUCAACUCCAGUAUAUUUGGGCUGUGCCUGUGUUAAACCUAAAUCUUCAAUACAAUAAAAUGUUUGUGAACCAAGAUAGUAGCCCUGGCAAGUGGCUUCUGACUCGGCGCAUUUUCUUAGUGGAUGCAGUAAGUGGACGAGAAAAUGACUUGGGAAGUCAUCCAAGAAUAAUUCGAAUUGCUACCCAAAUAUCACUAAGCAUCCACCUUGUAUCCAACACAAAAAACGGAAACAUUUACCCUCCCUUAAUUACCAUUGCCUACAGUGACAUUGAUAUCAAAGAUCCAAACAGUCAGUCCGUGAAGGUUUCUUUUUCAGUCAGAUAUGAAAUGAAUCAAGGAGAAGCACAUGUCCAGACAGAUAUUGCUUUGGGUGUAUUGGGUGGGCUAGCUGUUUUAUCAUCUCUUUUGAAGACAGCAGGGUGGAAGAGGCGCAUUGGGAGUCCCAUGAUUGACUUACAGACAGUUAUGAAAUUCUUGGUGUACUAUGCUGGCGAUCUGGCCAAUGUUUUCUUUAUCAUCACAGUUGGAACAGGUCUUUAUUGGCUUAUUUUCUUCAAAGCACAGAAGUCUGUCUCUGUUUUGUUACCAAUGCCUGUUCAAGAAGAACGUUUUGUUACUUAUGUGGGAUGUGCCUUUGCUCUGAAGGCUCUGCAAUUUUUGCAUAAGCUCAUAUCCCAGAUUACCAUAGAUAUAUUCUUUAUUGACUGGGAGAGACCUAAAGGAAAGGUUCUUAAAGCUGUUGAAGGUGAGGGUGGUGUACGGAGUGCCACUGUUCCUGUAAGCAUAUGGAGAACAUAUUUUGUAGCAAAUGAAUGGAAUGAAAUUCAGACUGUGAGAAAAAUUAAUCCACUCUUUCAAGUACUUACUGUCCUCUUCUUUUUGGAGAUUGUGGGAUUCAAGAACUUAGCAUUAAUGGACUCAUCCUCUAGUCUUUCCAGAAGCCCACCUAGCUACAUAGCUCCUUAUAGCCGCAUUUUGAGAUAUGCAGUGUCUACUGCUCUUUGGCUGGUUAUUGGAAUUGUACAGAUCGUGUUCUUUGCUGUCUUUUAUGAGAGAUUUAUAGAGGAUAAAAUUCGACAGUUCGUUGAUUUAUGCUCUAUGAGUAAUAUAUCAGUGUUUCUAUUAUCCCACAAAUGUUUUGGAUAUUACAUUCAUGGCAGAUCAGUACAUGGGCAUGCAGAUACUAAUAUGGAGGAAAUGAAUAUCAAUCUUAAAAGAGAAGCGGAAAAUUUGUGUAGCCAAAGAGGUUUGGUACCUAACACAGAUGGUCAAACUUUUCAGGUUGCAAUUUCUAGCCAGAUGAGACAACACUAUGACAGAAUUCAUGAGACACUAACAAAGAAGAAUGGCCCUGCUAGACUACUGAGUUCACCAGCAAGUACUUUUGAGCAAAGUAUAAAAGCAUAUCAUACAAUGAAUAAAUUUCUUGGCUCUUUCAUCGAUCACGUUCAUAAGGAAAUGGAUUACUUUAUAAAAGAUAAGUUGCUUCUUGAAAGAAUUCUUGGAAUGGAAUUCAUGGAACCAAUGGAAAAAAGCAUCUUUUACAAUGAUGAAGGUUAUUCUUUCAGCAGUGUUCUGUAUUAUGGAAAUGAAGCCACCCUUCUUAUUUUUGAUCUGCUCUUCUUCUGUGUUGUUGAUUUGGCCUGCCAAAAUUUUAUUUUAGCAGCCUUCCUUACAUACCUACAACAAGAGAUUUUUAGACUUAUCCGUAAUACAGUAGGACAGAAGAAUUUGGCAUCCAAAACAUUGGUGGAUCAAAGAUUUCUGAUUUAAUUUAUUGAAUAGAUAACUUAAAGACUUAAUCAUGGCAAAAAAUGUCAUGAUAUCAGGUUAGU